AUGGCAGAACCAGAAAUGUUUAAAUUAUUAUUAAUAGGUGACUCAUCCGUUGGAAAGACCUCACUUUUAUUAAGAUUUGCUGAUGGUACUUUUCAAGAAACCUCAGUUAGCAUGACUGCUGUCGAUAAUAAAGUACAUAAUGUAACAAUUGACGGAAAGACAAUUGCUCUUCAGAUAUGGGAUACAGCAGGUCAAGAGAGAUUUAGAACAAUUACAUCAUCAUUCUAUAGAGGUGCUCACGGUGUCGUCGUUGUCUAUGACAUGACCGACCAGGCUUCAUUUAACAAUGUAAAGUUAUGGAUGCAAGAGAUUCACAGAUACGCUUUUGCUGGUGUUAGUAGAGUUUUGGUUGGUAAUAAAUUCGAUCUUGAUGACAGAAAGGUAGUUUCAACUACCAUGGUUAAAGAAUAUGCAGAUUCUCUUGGUAUUCCAUUUUUAGAAGCCAGUGCCAAGACAGGAUUUAAUGUAGAGCAGAUUUUUUUGACUAUCGCAAACGAAAUAUAUAAGCUACCAACGGGAUUAUCAAAAGGAACUGGUGGUGAGAGAUUAAGUCUCAAUACCAAUCAAAAGAAGAAAUGUUGUAAUUUAUGUGAAAUGUUUGGUCUACUUAAACACUGUGCCAAUCUUGGUAGAAGUGCAAGUAGUAGCAAUAGUAGUAUUAAUCAUAUUUCAUUGAUUAAUCAAUCACAAGCAUUGAAAGUUUUGAGUAGAUCAAUCAAUAGAUAUUAUUCAACUGAAAAAGAUAAAGAAAAAGUUGAUGUAGCAGAAUAUACAGUGGAUAAAGUUAGAAAUUUCAGUAUCAUUGCUCAUAUCGAUCAUGGAAAGACAACGUUGAGUACGAAGCUACUCUCGCUGACUGGAACACUGCCAAAGAAUAUCUAUGGUAGCGGUGAAGACAGUUUGGAUCAGAGUAAGCAGAUCAAGCAUGACAAUAGGAGAGAGCAGUAUCUCGAUAAGUUACAGGUGGAGAAAGAACGUGGUAUCACUGUGAAGGCACAGUCGUGUUCGAUGAUCUACAGGAAUCGUGAGGAUGGCAAACGCUAUCUUCUCAACUUGAUCGACACACCGGGACAUGUCGAUUUCAACUACGAGGGCGAUACGAAAGCACCGUUCAAAGCACUGCUUUUCGACAGUUGGUUCGAUCGAUUCCGUGGUGUCAUUUGUCUUAUCAAUGUAGUGGACGGAUCCAUUAAGAAAGGCGACGUAAUUCAAUCGGCUGCCAGUGGACAGACCUAUGAAGUUCUGGAUUUGGGUGUGAUGCACCCCGAGCAAGAGUCCACGGGUGAACUACGUACCGGACAAGUGGGAUACAUCACACCAGGCAUGAAAACAACACAGGAAGCAAGAGUCGGUGAUACUUUCUUCAAGAAGGAAACACCGGUAGAAGCACUACCCGGUUUCAAACCUGCGAAACAAAUGGUAUUCGCCGGUGUCUACCCGAUCGAUAAUCUCGAUUACGUUCCACUGAAGGAAAUCUUUUGA